GGUGUAAUGUGUGGGUCUCUUAGGAACAACCAAGCAUCAAGCAUGGCUACACUAUAAGACCAACUUCACUUCUCACAUAUUGUCACAAUAUUUCAUACUCAAUUACUCAUCCAAUACAAUCCUUCUCCUCUCUACCUAUUAAUUUCACUUCCACUCACGCAUUCCUCGCCCAAACAUUCAAAUUGUAAAUCCCCUUUCAUUUUUUCUCAACUAUGGCUACUACCAUAACAGAGGAAGACUUCUCCUCAUCACGUGCCUCCCACGUGCUUGAUUCCACCUCGGAUGAGGAGGAGGAGGAGGAGGAUGGAGAGGAAGAGGAGGAGAACGAGAACGGCUCCGGCGGCGGGGGGUGGUUGAUGGGGGCGGCGUGCGGUGGCGGAGGAGGGGGGCGGAGGAGGGAGGGAGGGUUGCUGGGGAGGGUGGUGGACCCUCGGUCGAAGUGGGUCCAGGAAUGGAACAGGGUGUUCCUGCUAGUGUGCGCCGCGGGGCUGUUCGUGGACCCUCUGUUCUUCUACGCGCUCUCCGUUAGCGACUCCUGCAUGUGCCUCUUCGUCGACGGCUGGCUCGCCGUUACCGUCACGGCGCUCAGGUGCAUGACGGACGCGCUGCACCUCUGGAAUAUGCUCCUCCGAAUCAAGAUGGCCAAGCGCACCUUCGGCCUCGGCGCCGCCGGUGCCUCCUCCGCCGGCCUCCGAGACACCAGGCCGCGCUCCGUCGCGCUUGGCUAUCUUAAGUCGCGGACCGGAUUCUUCUUUGACUUGUUCGUUAUUCUCCCUCUUCCACAGAUUGUGCUUUGGGUGGCAAUCCCCUCCUUGUUGGAGAAAGGUUCAGUUAUGUUGGUGAUGACAGUGUUCUUAAUUAUAUUUCUCUUCCAAUACCUUCCCAAAAUUUUUCAUUCUGUGUGCCAUCUUCGACGGACGCAAAACCUCUCUGGCUACAUUUUUGGAACAGUAUGGUGGGGAAUCGCCCUUAACAUGAUCGCAUAUUUUGUUGCUUCCCAUGCAGCAGGUGCAUGUUGGUACUUGCUGGGGAUCCAAAGGGCAGGGCAGUGUCUGAAAGAAGAGUGUGGGAAAACAAGUGGUUGUGGCAUGAAGAUUCUGUCUUGUCAAACACCUAUAUACUAUGGAAGCAAUAGUUUGUUAGUUAGGGAUAAAGCAAGAUUGGCUUGGGCAGAGAACAGGAACGUGAGGCUCACGUGCUUAAAUGGUCCUGACAACUACAACUAUGGAGCUUAUAAAUGGACGGUUCAGCUUGUCACUAAUGAUAAUCGAUUGGAGAAGAUACUUUUCCCUAUCUUCUGGGGCCUAAUGACUCUUAGCACUUUCGGGAACCUAGAGAGUACAACUGAAUGGCUAGAAGUAGUUUUCAACAUCAUUGUGCUGACCAGUGGCCUUCUUCUCGUCACUAUGUUGAUUGGAAACAUCAAGGUAUUUUUGCAUGCAACGACCUCAAAGAAGCAAGCAAUGCAAUUGAAGAUGAGGAACAUUGAAUGGUGGAUGAGGAAACGGCGUUUGCCGCAAGGGUUUCGGCAGCGAGUGCGUAACUAUGAGAGGCAGCGUUGGGCUGCAAUGCGUGGAGUUGAUGAAUGCGAGAUGACCAGAAAUCUCCCUGAAGGAUUGAGAAGAGACAUUAAGUACCAUCUUUGUUUAGACUUGGUGAGACAGGUGCCACUAUUCCAACACAUGGAUGAACUGGUUCUAGAGAACAUAUGUGAUCGUGUGAAGUCUCUGAUAUUCACAAAGGGAGAAACGAUAGCAAGAGAAGGAGACCCAGUUCAGAGAAUGCUGUUUGUAGUAAGGGGUCACCUUCAAAGCAGUCAAGUCCUAAGGGACGGUGUGAAGAGUUGCUGCAUGUUAGGUCCAGGAAACUUCAGUGGGGACGAACUCCUCUCAUGGUGUCUAAGAAGACCAUUCAUAGAGCGUCUUCCACCGUCUUCAUCCACACUCAUCACGUUGGAAACCACAGAGGCAUUUGGCCUUGAAGCCGAGGACGUGAAAUAUGUGACACAACAUUUCAGGUACACGUUCGUGAAGGAAAAGGUCAAGAGAAGUGCAAGGUAUUAUUCUCCGGGGUGGAGAACUUGGGCUGCUGUGGCCAUUCAAUUGGCAUGGAGGAGGUACAAGCACAGGUUGACUUUGACUUCCUUGUCCUUCAUAAGGCCUAGGAGGCCCUUGUCGCGGUCCUCUUCCUUGGGAGAGGAUAGGUUAAGACUCUACACAGCGUUGUUGACCUCACCAAAGCCUAAUCAAGAUGAUUUUGACUUUUGAGAAGAUCGGGUGGGCGUGGGCUUUUAUUGUUUGAUUGAUCUUAAUGGUAGAAAAUUAAAGAAAUAUUUGUGCAUGUUUUAUGAUUUUGUUCAUUAUUAUUUGGAUAAGUAGUAAGAUUAUAAAAUUGAUUGUGCAGAAAUUUAAUUAA